AAAGUCUAUGACAGCGCUCCAGCCAAUCAGAGCCGUGACUUCCCAUCACAUGACAGCGCUUGACCAAUGAGAGCGAGCGUCACCUUUAGCUCCACCCCCGAGCUGUCUAACGUCAACAUUGAGCAGUUAGCUUGUCUGGAGCUAGGUUUCUGUGCGUGAACAUCGCUGCUCCUCGUCCGCAUCAACAUGAGCGACCCGUGGCAGGAGUGUAUGGAUCACUGCGUGGAGGUCACCAAGAAGGCAGGGCAGAUGAUCCGUGAGGCGCUGGAAAAGGACAUAGCCGUCAUGCAGAAGAGCUCACCAACUGACCUGGUGACUGAAACGGACCAGAAAGUGGAGCAGUUUAUUAUAUCCUCCAUCAAGGAAAAGUACCCCACACACAGCUUUAUAGGUGAGGAGUCCGUAGCGGCAGGAGCACCAAGUGUUCUGACUGACAAUCCCACUUGGAUCAUUGACCCCAUUGAUGGUACCACCAACUUUGUUCACAGGUUCCCAUUUGUGUCUGUAUCAAUAGGCUUCACUGUGAAGAAAGAGAUAGAGUUCGGUAUUGUCUACAGCUGCAUCGAGGACAAGAUGUACACGGCAAGGAAAGGAAAAGGAGCGUUUUGCAACGGGGAACCAAUCAAAGUGUCUGGACAAGAAGAUAUUAAACAGUCUCUGGUACUGACAGAAAUGGGCUUCAAGAGCGAUCCCGAGAAAUUCAAAACCAUGCUGGCCAACGUCAGGACCAUCCUCUCCAUCCCUGUACACGGAAUUCGUUCCCCGGGCAGCGCAGCUGUCAACAUGUGUUUGGUGGCGUGUGGCUCGGCUGACGCUUACUACCACAUGGGCAUCCACUGCUGGGACAUGGCCGGAGGGGCGGCGGUGGUCACCGAGGCUGGAGGAGUGAUCAUGGACAUCUCAGGUGGACCGUUUGACCUGAUGUCUCGGAGGCUGAUCGUGGCGAGCAGCAGGGCGAUAGCAGAGCGCCUCGUGAAGGAGAUCACAGAGUUCCAAGUUGGCCGGGACGACGCGGACCAGUAGUAAACUUCAACACUCUCAUUAGCUGUGUUGUAUUUAUCAGGUCAGGAUUCUGUCUCUACCUUAAGAACCAAAACGAUGAACUUACCUCUGAAGACAAGGGUUUCAUUCUUCUUUCGACUCCUGUUUUAAAUCACAGAUAUCACAGAUUAAUAGUCUGUUCUAUUGGGACACUCAUGUUUGUAAUCACCUAUUUAUUAUUUGUACUUAGUUAUAUAAAGGAGGCAACAAGCAAGGAACUUCAUAAAUACAUUUUUGUAUGUGUUUAUAGAUUGUGUCAUAGUGAUUAUACUCUUUAAUUUUAUUGCCAUCAGGAGUUUGCACUAUAGCUCAUGUAAGAAACAUUGUGUGUAUAUACUGUAGAACUGCUUCUCUAUCACGUCCAAACAGAAAUGCACUGGUGGUGUUCUUAAUAAUCUGAUCAGUAUGUUCUAAGUUGUUUUUAAAGGUGAAUUUAAAGAUAGCAGCAAAUAAAAAAAGGUACUUUUUGUAUAUAU